AUGAACGGCGAGGAGCAGUACUACGCGGCCACGCAACUCUACAAGGACCCAUGCGCAUUCCAGAGAGGCCCCGCGCCGGAGUUCAGCGCCAGCCCCCCGGCGUGCCUGUACAUGAGCCGUCAGCCCGCACCGCCACCGCCGCCCCCGUUCCCCGGCGCCCUGGGUGCGCUGGAGCAGGGCAGCCCACCAGACAUCUCCCCAUACGAGGUGCCCCCGCUGGCCGACGACCCAGCAGUGGCGCACCUCCAUCACCACCACCUCCCCGCUCCGCUCGCGCUCCCCCAUCCGCCUGCCGGGCCCUUCCCGGAUGGAGCAGAGCCCAGUGCCCUGGAGGAGCCCGGCCGCGUCCAGCUGCCUUUCCCGUGGAUGAAGUCCACAAAAGCUCACGCGUGGAAAGGCCAGUGGGCAGGCGGCGCCUAUGUGGCGGAACCGGAGGAGAACAAACGCACACGCACCGCCUACACCCGCGCGCAGCUGCUGGAGCUGGAGAAAGAGUUUCUAUUCAACAAGUACAUCUCUCGGCCGCGCCGGGUGGAGCUGGCCGUCAUGCUGAACUUGACCGAAAGACACAUCAAGAUCUGGUUCCAGAACCGCCGCAUGAAGUGGAAAAAGGAGGAGGACAAAAAGCGGGGCGGUGGGACCACGGCUGGGGGUGGCGGGGGCGCGGAGCCCGAGCAGGACUGCGCCGUGACCUCUGGCGAGGAGCUACUGGCGCUGCCGCCGCCGCCGCCCCCCGGAGGUGCCGUGCCGCCGGCCGUUCCCGCUGCCGCCCGAGAGGGCCGCCUGCCGCCGGGCCUUAGCACCUCGCCGCAGCCCUCCAGCGUAGCGCCCCGGCGGCCGCAGGAACUCCGGUGA